AUGUGGCACUGGCCAGCCGCAUUUCGUGAAGUGGAAGGCGCAGCUACGUUUAUCGUCUCCAGGAGGGCUUUAAAAAUCCCUCCUAUCUUCGAAACUCAAACAACCAGCAACAUUUCAUUUGAGGAAGGAGGCGCAAAUAACGUUCCUAAGCCAUGCAGCCGUCUGCCGCAGCCAUCAUCUGUUUCUCGUGGCGUGAGAUCGCGGCCACUGGAGGAAGAAGUUGUAACCCUUACAAAGGUGGAAACUAUUCCUUUAUUAAGCCCAACAAUGGAAUCAGAUCUGCUCAAGGAGCCCUGGAUUUUUCCACAAACCAAAACAAACAUAUUAAUGGAAGAAGACAGUGUUACAACAUUCCCCGAGUGGGAGGAGAACUUUCAGGAUUUAAGCGGUUGGUGCAUGGAUCAAUUCCAGACUCCAUGCGAUUUUCCUAUAGGUGAAUUGGUUCCUUUUAAACUAUCAGGUACUAAAUACGAGGGUAAGAGCGUUUCGAAUUUGGGAAAGGGGGUAUCAGAAAACGCUACGAAGGGGAUAAACGAAGAUAAGGGGAGAUUAAAAAUGAAUUUGUUUGAUGAAACAGAGAUUCCAGGUGACAAAUAUCAACCUUUGUUACCUUCAUCAAACUCUUCUUUUAGCUAUAAAAAACAACUCGACGAAGCAGAAUAUAAGGAAUCAAAUAAUACAUUAUUAAAAUUACCCAAAGCAUGUACCAGUGCUAGUAAUAGCAAGAUGAACACUUCUUCUAAUGUUAAUGUAUCAUCAUUUCAUUCACAACAACGUAUAGACGAUCUUGAUUUGGAUGAUGCUUGCCAAAAUACAUUUGAAUCUACUGAAAAUAAUCAAUCGGAAACAUGGGAUAUGUUGAAUACAGUUCAAACUAGCGGAUCAGGAACAUUUGAUUUACUUUCAUAUCUUUAUGAAGAUGAACCAUAUUCACCAGGAGGGGGUAGCACAUCCACAGACACAUCAACAAUAUUCAAUUCAAGAUCGCCCAUAGAACAAUUACCAUCAGUUUCACAAAAUAAUACUGAGAAAGCGGUUAAGGUGGAUAUGGAAGUCGAUAAAGUUCGUCGAAAAACACGAUCAACAACUUCAACGAUAACAUCAUCGUCCGAUACUACUGCUACUACUUUCUCAGUUACAUCACGAAGAUCCGAAAGAACCAGGACGAUAACAAACACUAACAAAGUAGAGAAGAAAAAAUAUUCAAACGUUAAACGGGAAAAACGAAAAUUAUCUAUCGAUGAUUCCAGUAGUUCAGAUAGUCGAGUAGUAGAUCAUUUUAAUUACAGAGAAUCUAGGGAAAAAAAUAACGAAGCUUCAAGAAAAUCACGAAUGAAUAAAAAAGCUAAAGAAACAGAAAUGGCAAUAAGAGCAUUAGAACUUGAAAAGGAUAAUAAAAUAUUAAAAAUGAAAGUUGAGGAACUUGAAAAAUUGGUAAUAUCGAUGCGGAACGCAUUAUUACAAUCCGCUUUAAAGAAAGAGAAUUAAAUAAUUUUUUUUUUUAUCUUAUACAAGAUUAUCUAUUAUUUGUAAUCUUUAUGCAU